AAGGGCCUGAGGGGUUCAUGCUCGGUACGGCACGAGUGCAAAGCUUGGCAUGACUAACGUUUUUGUUAACCAUUUUCUCGGUAUUGGAGGGGUUAGCUCAGUACGAAAAGUACUGGAGGGUGGUUGCGGGAAGAUUCGAUGGUGUCAGUGGCAUGACAUCCCCUCCGCAAUUGAUCAGCAUUGGGAUUACCCCUUCCGACAUGAAAGAUCGAAAAUAAGAGCUCCUUGUGUACAAAGUAGAUGUUUAGCAAUACCUACGAUGGCGCUCGACCCUGAAAAACCUCUCCUGCUCCUCGACGGCGGUCUCGGCACGACCCUAGAAGACAAUUUCGGCGUCAAAUUCUCCCAUCAAACUCCGCUAUGGUCCGGCCACCUCCUGAUCUCUGACCCGCCGACGCUGUUGGGUGCACAAACUGCGUUUGCUGCUGCAGGAUCCGACGUCAUUCUCACCGCGACAUAUCAGGCGUCGUUUGCUGGGUUUGCGAGGACGCCCCGGAUCGACGAUAACAGCCACGGGGGGAACAAUGGUAUAGGCUACGCCCGGGACGAAGCUGCAGAGUAUAUGAACUCCGCAAUCGAGAUUGCUCGAUCGGCAUUCAUACAAGCCGGCAAGAGGAAUGGCGGUCUUCUUGCUCUUAGCCUUGGCGCAUAUGGCGCCACCAUGUCUCCCAGCACAGAGUAUUCUGGCGCCUACGAUCCUGAAAUGAGCGAUUGGCAGGGAUUAUACAAAUUCCAUUACGAGCGGAUCAUGACUUUUGUGCACGACAAACUCGAUUGGAGCCGUAUUAGUUUCGUGGCGUUCGAAACGCUGCCUGUGGUGCGUGAAGUCCGCGCAGUAAGGGAGACGAUGAAGACACUGGGGGAUCCGAGCGGACUACGGCCUCGAUAUUGGGUCUCAUGUGUGUUUCCGAACCAGGAUCUGAAACUGCCAGAUGGGACCACUGUGGAAGAGCUUGUCAAGGAGCUGUUGUCCCCAGGCCUUCCACUCCCCUACGCCAUCGGAAUCAAUUGCACAAAACUAUCGCUCAUGCGGCCCCUUAUCCGCAAAUUCGAAGAUGCGGUGGCAUCUAUAAGCCCAGACUACACGCCUCGGCUUGUGAUAUAUCCUGAUGGCGCGAAUAACUUUGUCUAUGACACUACCCUCCAGCAGUGGCUCCCAAAGGAUAAUGAAGGUGGAUCAUUGGACAAACCGGGGUCCGGAUCGGAAUUGCAGUCAGCGAAGACAGGGAAUAAACCAUGGGGCGAAGAAAUGUAUGAGCUCGUGACGGAAGUCCAAGAGCGAGGAGCAUGGCCGGGGCUGCUGGUCGGUGGGUGCUGCAAAGCUGGUCCGGACGAUAUUGCCCUUUUACGAAGGAAAUUGGACGAGGCAGCGGGUGCUAGCAGAUAGUGUUGCGGUGCUGGCGUCGAGAUAAUGCAAUUUCCUCGUUCAAAUGUUCAUGGUAAUUGAUAUUCGAAGUACAUAGUAUAUGGCGAAUCCACCUAGGACAGGCGACGCUUAUUCGAAUGUAUCCAUAGAUGAGCUUGUAUAUAAAACCUACGGCUACAUGAAAAUGCAGUUGACGAUUCUAAACACACUCUUAAGAUUCGAUGCCUACUUUCGCAAU